CAACAGUUCUGCCUUCAUAGUGAUUACAGUAUCUACAGACGGAGACAGACAAGGAAGGAUUCCAGCCGCCAGAGAUGGGCGCCCGGCCCUCGCGCAGGCGGACGCCCGCGGACCCGCCCAUAGCCUUGGACGCGCUGCCCCCAGAGCUGCUGGUGCAGGUGCUGAGCCACCUGCCGCCGCGCACCUUGGUGAUGCGCUGCCGCUCCGUGUGCCGCGCGUGGCGCGACGUGGUGGACGGGCCCACAGUGUGGCUGCUGCAGUUGGCUCGCGACCGCAGCGCCGAGGGCCGCGCACUCUACGCGGUUGCCCAGCGCUUCCCGCCCAAUCGCGAGGACGAGGAGGAGUUCCCGCUGUGCGCCCUGGCGCGCUACUGCCUGCGAGCGCCUCUCCGCCGAAACCUCAUCUUCAACUCCUGCGGAGAGCAGGGCUUCAGAGGCUGGGAGGUGGAACACGGCGGGAAUGGCUGGGCCGUGGAAAAGAACCUGACCCUGGUGCCGGGGGCUCCUUCCCAGACCUGUUUCGUGACUUCUUUCGAAUGGUGCUUCAAGCGGCAGAUUGUGGACUUGGUGAUGGAGGGGGUGUGGCAGGAGCUGCUGGACAGCGCCCAGAUUGAGAUCUGUGUGGCUGACUGGUGGGGCGCCCGAGAGAACUGCGGCUGCAUCUACCGGCUCCGGGUCCGCCUUCUGGACGUGUACGAAAAUGAAGUGGUCAAGUUCUCGGCCUCACCCAACCCGGUCCUUCAGUGGACUGAGAGAGGCUACCGACAGGUCUCCCACGUCUUCACCAACUUUGGCCAAGGCAUCCGAUACGUGUCUUUUGAGCAGUAUGGGAGAGACACUCGCUCCUGGGUGGGACACUACGGCGCCCUCGUGACGCACUCCAGCGUGAGAGUCAGGAUCCGCUUGUCCUAGCGGCCAGCCCACCAGCCUGAUCAGGCCUCUUAGGACCUACUGCCACCUGCCCGACAUCAUUGCCAAUCCAGGGCAGCUUUGCAGCCAGGAGCCGGGGAUCCCCGCCAGCCUCCAGCAAGCCUCGUGCUCCUGCUUCAGAAUGGCGGCCCACAUGCUGCUCAAGAAACCAGGUAUCCAACUGGGCUGUUCACAGCUUCCCGAGUCAGGGGGUUCAGGGAAUAACUGAGACUUUUCAUUAAUUUGCCAGCAAAUUGUUUUCUCAUGUGUGGAUGUCAGCUGAUAGACUGAGUCAAAAAACAAACAGGAUUGCAGAGGGUGAAAGCUGCUGAAACCUGGGACGGGGACUCGUUGGCAUGUCUCCAGGGUACGCGGAUUGCUAGCGGGGAGCAGAGGCGUCAGAAAAGCCUGCCCUUGAAGGGACCAACAGGGACAUCGAAGGGAACCCUUUCUGCUGUUUUGGGGAGUCUCUGGGAUUCCGCUGUGGGGCCUGUGCAACCUUGUUCAGCAGUGCCCCAUCAGCACCCCCCUUUGGGCUAGACUGGCAGUUUCUUACAGAAUCUGAGACCAGGUCUGUGCUGUGCCCUUCACCCACACCUCCUGCCCCUGCCUCAGGGACAGCUUGGCUCCUGUAAGGCAACGCCUUCCUUUUCUCUGUUCAAGCCCACCUGCCUACAAACUCCAGGAGCAAGGAGCGUCGUGAGUAGUUAAGUGACAUGGAGUCCUGUCCCGAUUCCUCUCGUGCCUCCCACUCUUUCCCUAUGUGGCCAAAGCCACCAAACUAACUCAAUAAAAUUGGUGCUACAUGUGAGGCGA